CGAAGAUUAUUGCGAGAAUCUUCGAUGAUAAGGUAUAUGUUUAUAUUUAUUUAUAGUUUUACACAUUUUGUUUAGUGUUAAUUUGAAUUCCUUUAAAAAAGUUGUACUACUUACAACAGGAUAAGUACAGACAAGAAGAAUAGCUGCUGUCGUUAACUUACGAAAUACGCAAUGGACACGAUGAUCGUUGUUUUUUUUUUAAUUUUCACCGCCACCGGAAUCGUAUGUGAAAAAGCGUUUCAUUUUCCAAACGACUUUACCUUUGGAGUGGCAACCGCAGCUUAUCAAAUCGAAGGUGGUUGGAACGACGAUGGCAAGGGUGAAAACAUUUGGGAUAGAAUUACCCAUGAACGGCCGGAGUGGGUCAAAGAUAAGCAAAACGGUAAUAUAGCUUGUGACUCAUAUUAUUUAUGGGAAACAGAUAUACGGCUGCUGAAACAGUUAGGUGUAAAUUUUUAUCGCUUUUCAUUGUCUUGGUCGCGCAUUCUUCCAACCGGAAAACCUAAUAAGAUUAAUUGGAGCGGCGUUAAAUAUUACUCUGAUCUCAUAGACAAGCUACUAGCCAAUAACAUUAAACCUGUUGUUACUAUUUACCAUUUUGAUUUGCCGCAAUACUUGCAAGAUAUGGGGGGUUGGCCAAAUGUAUUAAUAGCGUCAUACUUUGAAGACUACGCCAGAGUGGCGUUUGAACAGUUUGGAGAUCGCGUGAAAACCUGGAUUACGAUUAACGAACCCAGCGAAGUAUGUGAUUCCGGAUAUGGUACAGGUGGGGCAGCUCCUGGUUUCGAACAAUCGGGAACAUUAGAUUACCUUUGUGGUAAAACUAUUUUACUUGCCCAUGCGAAGGCAUUUCAUCUCUACGAUAAAUACUUUCGUCGCCAGCAGAAAGGAGAAAUUGGAAUAACUAUUGUAUCUCAAUGGAGUGAACCUAAAACGGAUUUUAUAGAAGAUAAAGAAGCUGCAGAAAGAAGAAUUCAAAUGCAAUUUGGAUGGUGGGCGCAUCCCAUUUUUUCUAACAUCGGAGAUUACCCCCCAAUUAUGAAAGAUCGCGUAGGAAACUUAAGUCGAUGUCAACAUUUAAAAGAAUCACGUUUGCCAAUGUUUACUACCAAAGAAAUAGGAUACAUUAAGGGUACUGCAGACUUUUUGGGACUUAAUCACUACAGUACUUGGUUGAUCAGUGAUGACUCCGAAAAGAACUGCAGCACCGUGUCGUACGAAAACGAUAUAGGUGCGAAAAGUUUUCAAGAUCCAAGUUGGGUGCCUUCGGCUGCCAAUUGGCUAAAAGAUGUGCCAUGGGGAUUUAGAAAGUUAUUAAAAUGGAUUAAAAUGGAAUACAAUAACCCGAGGAUCUACAUAACAGAAAAUGGCUUUGCUGAUCUUGGUGAACUACAUGAUGCUGCCCGAAUUCAUUAUCAUGCGGGCUACUUGAACGAACUCUUGAAUGCCAUAUAUUUGGACGGCUGUAAUGUUAAGUCCUACACUGUCUGGAGUUUGAUAGACAAUAUGGAGUGGAAAGAUGGUUACACAUUGAAAUUUGGUCUUUAUUACGUCAACUUUACUGAUUCGGCGCGGACCAGGACACCUAAAUCUUCUGCACAUUUUUACAAGGAGGUGAUGCGACUGAGGCAGGUUCCAAUACAUACCCCUCAUUUGAUAGUAUUGUAAAAAUAUCAACUAUUUCACUAUUUAAUUCUCAAAACCCUUACAUAGGGAAAUUGUCAAAAAUGUAGUAUUAUUAGAAAUUAUUAUAUGGGGCACAUAUACGAACCCAAAUUUGUUGCGUA